AUGAAGUUCCAUUCUGUAACGAUGGCAGAGCUGCCCGAAAGUGCUGGAAUGCACCGCCAGGAAAGGGUGGUGUUUUUCGCUUCCGACCAUGCGAAUUGGAAUCCCCAUGUCCGGAUGCAAGGAUGCUUUGGUGGUGUUGCUGGACGCCUGCACAUAAGUCUCCCUACCAGCCAUGUCCGGCUUGGGGUAGGUCAGACACUGAACGGACAACGGCCCGGUGAUCUGCAGCACUGUUGUACCUUGACGCCACGGUCCAAGAUGGCCUCGAGCAUGAUGCUAGUGUACUGCUGCAAACGUAGACGGCAAAAGGGGUCGAGUAGCCUUAGAAAACCAUACCAAAUUUGA